GAAUAACCGGAACGGCGUGUAGCAUAACCAACAAAUUAAACGUUCACUGAUCAUUUGUUGUUUAUUGAGUAUUUAAUCCCAAAGAAACGAUAUGCUCAGUAGAACGAGAUUAUUGACACGCAAUUUAAGCGCAAGGAAUUGUGCGUAUCCUUGCGCUGAACAUUUGCAGGAUGGAACAUGUACAUACCCAUUUAAUUCUAUGCAAGUUCGGUUAAAGUCUGAUACACCAAUUAACACGUGCAUUCUAUUUGUCCCACAACAAGAGGCAUGGAUAGUAGAAAGAAUGGGAAGAUUUUAUAAAAUACUAGAACCUGGAUUUAAUAUACUCAUUCCUAUCGUCGAUCGUAUCAGAUAUGUUCAAAGUUUAAAAGAGAUUGCCAUUGAUGUACCAAAACAAAGUGCAGUUACAUCAGAUAAUGUUACUCUUAAUAUCGAUGGUGUCUUAUAUCUGCGGAUAAAUGAUCCAUACAAGGCUUCAUAUGGAGUAGAAGAUCCUGAAUUUGCCAUAAUUCAAUUAGCCCAAACCACCAUGAGAUCAGAAUUAGGAAAAAUUUCAUUGGAUAAGGUUUUUCGAGAACGAGAAGGUCUUAAUGUUGGAAUUGUUGAAAGCAUUAAUAAAGCUAGUGAAGCAUGGGGAAUUACUUCUCUUCGAUAUGAAAUUCGUGACAUAAGACUGCCACCUAGGGUUCAAGAAGCCAUGCAGAUGCAGGUUGAAGCUGAAAGAAAGAAAAGAGCUGCUAUCCUAGAAUCUGAAGGAAUACGUGAAGCUGAUAUAAAUGUUGCAGAAGGAAAACGUACAGCUAGAAUUCUUGCUUCAGAGGCUGAGAAGCAAGAACAGAUUAACAAAGCAUCAGGUGAAGCUGCAGCCAUGUUAGCAGUGGCGGAAGCACGUGCAAAAGGUUUACAAGUAAUCUCUAGUUCUUUAGGUUUACGAGAUGGUAAAAAUGCUGCAGCUUUGAGUAUUGCAGAGCAGUAUGUCCAAGCAUUUAAUAAAUUAGCAAAAACAAAUAAUACAUUGAUAUUACCUAGCAAUGCUGGGGAUGUACCAAAUUUUGUAACACAGGCUAUGUCAAUUUACAAGCACAUACUUCCACGGGAUACAGCAAAUGAUGAUACAUCUUCACAUUUUCCAAAUAAAGUUCCAGUUGGUAUUGAGACAUCUGAUGAAGUAUAUGAAUAUUUCAGUGAUAAAGAAGAAGCAGAGAAACAUAGAAAAAUGGACAAACAAGCCCCAAAAAUAUCAUAAUGUUAAGAAAGAGAAUUAAAGUUUUAUGAGUACCUUCAA